UCGUUAGUUGAGAAAGAUGCGUGGCCAUCUCGCUCAGUUCGAUAUUUUCAGUGUUGCGAAAAAGUUGUAAACAGAAGUGCUUCUCUGCGUGUAUUUAGACCUGUAUUUUGGAUUAUUUCCAAUCACUCGUUCUUCACGUCUGAUCCGAUUCAAGUUCGGUGCCAGAGCCGUUGGCAAUGGAGACCGCAACGGACUUCAUCGAUCAUCUGAGUGAUCCGGAAGGGGCUGGCGACGGGUGCUCGCAGUCCCGGGAGGAGCUAGGCGAUAUGACUUUCUUCAUGUCGAACUACGCCAAGGAAGCACUUAAGAUGAUGUUCAUGAUGCGUUCUCACCACAUGCUGACUGACGUGACGCUGGAAAUAGAGCAGGAAACUUUCCACGCACACAAGGUGGUCCUCUCAGCGGCGAGUCCCUACUUCAAGGCCAUGUUCACCGGUGGGCUUAAGGAGUGUGAAAUGUCACGGGUCAAACUGCAAGGGGUUUGUCCAACGGCGAUGGCCCGAAUCUUGUUCUUCAUGUACACCGGUCACAUAAGGGUGACCGAGGUAACGGUGUGCCAACUACUGCCGGCCGCUACCAUGUUCCAGGUGCCAAACGUAAUAGAGGCGUGCUGUGCCUUCCUGGAGCGCCAGCUCGAUCCGACCAAUGCGAUUGGUAUUGCGAACUUUGCCGAGCAGCACGGUUGCAUAACGCUCCGGCAAAAAGCCAACCAGUUCAUUGAACGAAACUUUACCAAAAUCUGCCACGAGGAGGAAUUCCUGCAACUAUCUGUGAUGCAACUAAUUUGUUUGAUAAGGAAAGACGAACUGAACGUACAAGGCGAACGGGAUGUAUACGACGCUGUACUGAAGUGGGUUCGGUACGACGAAGACAACCGGUACCCGAAAAUGGAACACAUUCUCUACGCCGUACGUUGCCAGCUGCUAACGCCAAGCUUUCUCAAAGAACAAAUGAAAACCUGCGACGUGCUCCAGCGGGUACCUGCUUGUCGCGAAUACCUUGCGAAAAUUUUCGAAGAUCUUACCCUCCACAAACGACCGUCCGUGAAGGAACGCAAGCCGAACACAACUCGAAUGAUUUUUGUGGCCGGCGGAUACUUCAGACAUUCCCUCGACAUGCUGGAAGGCUACAACGUGGAUGACAAUGUAUGGAUCACGCUUCCCAAGCUAACGGUUCCGAGAUCAGGGCUUGGUGCAGCCUUUCUCAAGGGUACAUUCUAUGCCGUCGGUGGACGUAACAAUUCGCCAGGAUCAUCUUACGAUUCCGAUUGGGUUGACCGGUACAAUCCGAUAUCGGAGACGUGGCGACCUUGUUCACCGAUGUCCGUUCCGCGAAACCGAGUCGGAGUGGCUGUAAUGGACGAACUGCUGUACGCUGUCGGCGGUUCGGCAGGGUCGGAGUAUCAUAAUACGGUGGAAUACUACGAUCCGGAACUAGAUAAAUGGACCUUGGUUCAACCGAUGCACUCAAAACGAUUGGGCGUUGGCGUUGCCGUAGUCAACAGGUUACUGUACGCCAUUGGAGGAUUCGACGGCAGGGAACGGCUACCGACUGUAGAAUGUUAUCAUCCGGAAAAUAAUGAAUGGACAAUUAUACCGGCGAUGAAGUUUGGUCGUUCCGGGGCAGGAGUGGCAGCUCUAUAUCAGCACAUCUACGUUGUGGGUGGAUUCGAUGGGACGCGGCAGUUAGAGUCGGUUGAGCGGUACGAUACGGAACUACAGACGUGGGAACUGGUUGCACCAAUCAAAAUCGCCAGAAGUGCCUUGUCGUUGACGGUUCUGGAUGGGAAACUGUACGCCAUGGGAGGAUACGAUGGGCAGAACUUUUUAGCCAUCGUAGAAGUUUACGACCCUGUUAGUAAUAAAUGGCAGGAGGGCACAUCGCUUACCUCUGGGAGAAGCGGCCAUGCUUCCGCGGUAAUCUACGCACCGUCGUGUAUUUCCAAUUAUAUGGAACAUCUUAACAUAGCCGGUGACUCUAAAGGGCGUAAAGGUGAACGAGGAAACGACGGAGACAGUGGCUUUGGAUCGAACGGUGGUAUUCAGACGAUGGAAUGUGAAGCUUCUACCUCCCGAGGAACAUUAGUUGGAAGUGAUGGGGCGCGCACUCACAACUUGAAUGAGAUGACAAUCGAGGAGCCACCAAUCAGCUCCUACAGCGACUGCGAACUGAUGAAAACGCUCUGCAGUAAGGCCCCUUGUAAUUGUUCCAACGUUCCUGUCGAAAGUUUCAAAUGUAGUGCUGAAAAAUUUGCUGUCCAAAGUGAUUCUAGUCAAAGUGAUGAAAGCGAAGUAGAUGUCGUGGGAAAGUCAGUUCCCGUCGUAGAGGGUGCCCCACCAACCGUGGUAUCAACUUAUCCGAAGAAAAACACCUCAGAUUACAUACCUGCCUGCAAUAAUGACAAUAACAAGCCAAACCCUAUACAGCCGGAAAUUUGCGAUAGUCUCGUGGGGAAGAAAUGCAAGAGAAAGGUGAAAAGAAAAGCAUCAAACGGUUGGAACGAGGACAACUGCGCUUUGCUUCGCCUCAAGAAGCAAAUCACCUGUUUCGUAUCGUCUAUAGUGUCUCCUUCUACGGCCAACCAUUGCCUUACCAAUGGCGAAUGCUCGUUUCCGCGCUCACAACCAAAUAAGCCACCGCCCAGUGUUCAAUUUACCAAUGAUGAACUGGACAACCAACCUCCGGAGAACCGCUUGCAUCCGCCUAGCGAACCGGACUUCCACUCAAUGCCUUGACGACAGGCGAUCUUAGAUCUUGCAACUCCCGUAAUGAUCCAUCUGACUUAGUUCAAAUCAAAAACAAAAGCUGACAAACAAUAGAAAAAUUGUGCAUUCCUCUCCUGCUAAAUUGUGUUAAGUAGUAAAUUAUUUCCUAUAGCUUGUGAAUCGGAUACCUAGCAGCAGGUACUAAAGGGAGAAAUCGACUGAUUUUUUUCCGUCGUCGAAUUAGACCUUAAGCAUCAGGUAGGACUUUUGCACGUAACAUGGUAGAAUUUAUACUAUGUAUGAAUUCACGUAAAGUUAUCUAACAGCAAACGAAAAGCCUAUUGACAAGGUGUACAGAAAUCCUAUUUAAUCAAAUGAUGAAUCCUCUAGCCAGGGGCAGAAUUUGUUAAAGUGUCAUACAUGUAAAUAUUUCAUAAGGAAAAUUUUAUACCACUAAUG